AUGGAACACCUUGUUGAGAACACAGAACGCCUUGACAAGAACACAGAACACCUUGUUGAAAGCACAGAACGCCUUGACAAGAGCACAGAACGCCUUGACAAGAGCACAGAACGCCUUGACAAGAGCACAGAACGCCUUGAUAAGCGCACAGAACACCUUGUUAAGAACACAGAACACCUUGUUGAGAGCACAGAACGCCUUGACAAGAGCACAGAACGCCUUGACAAGAGCACAGAACGCCUUGAUAAGCGCACAGAACACCUUGUUGAGAACACAGAACGCCUUGACAAGAACACAGAACGCCUUGACAAGAGCACAGAACACCUAUUCGUACCUAUAAGGACGGUACGCGCGCUGCUUGCCCUUCUCUGGAACUGA